GAGUAAGAAAAGUGUGGAGGCUCUUAAGGACUACCAGGAAUCCUCCACUAGAAAGAUCGGAAGCAGAGAGAGGAAUCGGUUUAAUGCACAGCCUGCUACAAAAACAACAAUCAGCUGUGAGAGCAGAUUUUUAAUCCUUCAUUUUUCCACUCAGUGAGCAACCAAAACAUUUCAAGCAUUUUUUCUGUCUGAGAAGACGCACAACUGAAAGCAGCAGCGAUGGCGCCCUCUCUCCUCCAGGCGUACAGGAGGCGCUGGUGGAUGGCGGUGACGGCGGUGCUUGAAAACCUGCUGUGUUCGGCUGUGCUGCUGGGAUGGGGCUCCCUGCUCAUCAUGCUGAAAAGACAAGGCUUCUACUCCCACCUGUGCUCAGAGAAUGACUCUGCGAUCGUGUCUUUGGAUAACGCCUCCACCAGUGAGGUGGAGGAGUGGGUGAGCUGUGUGGACCAGGAGGAGAUGCUGAAUCUGGGCUUCACCAUUGGUUCCUUCUUGCUCAGUGCCACCACCCUGCCACUCGGUAUCUUGAUGGACAAAUUUGGGCCACGCCCAAUUCGACUGGUGGGCAGUUCGUGUUUUGGUCUGUCCUGUGUUAUAAUGGCCGUGUCUUCUUACGACCCUCAUCUUCUGUCAGCGCUAAUUUUUUUGGCUCUCUCCCUGAAUGGCUUUGGAGGCAUCUGCCUGACCUUCACCUCACUCACGCUGCCCAACAUGUUUGGUUCUCUGAGCUCCACCAUCAUGUCUCUGAUGAUUGGUUCCUACGCCUCCUCUGCUGUCACCUUCCCUGGAGUCAAGCUGAUCUACGACACAGGCGUGUCCUUCCAGGUGAUCAUGUGGAUGUGGGCAAGUCUUGCCGGGUUAGUCUUUUUCAACUGUUUCCUCAACUGGCCCACAGAAGGCUUCCCUACACCUGACGAGGUAGACUACAGUAAGAUCCUCACACUGCAAGAGCUGCCUGCAUCUGACCAGAAGGUUGUUGGAGAGAGACUGAGCCUGAGCCAGAAGAAUGGAGACGUCGGACACUACAAAGAGAAACUUCCUAAUGGACCUGACUCUGAUCCUGCACCCAAAUCUCCUUCCUUCCGACAGUCUGUGUUCUCUCCCAUCUUCCUGUGGAGUCUGGUUACAAUGGGGAUGUCCCAGUUGAGGAUCAUCUUCUUCAUGGGGGCGAUGAACAAAAUGCUGGAGUUUAUGGUCUCCCACGGUGAAGAGCAUCCAUUAGAUCAGCUUGUGAUUGAGACAGAAGAGAAAGUGAGUUUCUACUCGUCCAUCUUCGGCACGCUGCAGCUGCUGUGCCUGGCCACGUGUCCUCUGAUUGGAUACAUCAUGGACUGGAAGAUGAAGGAUUGUGAAGAGGAGAAGACCGUCUCCCCAAGCACAGAAAAGAGGCAGAGCAGUAUACCCAUGAGAGACCGUAAGAUCCAGAAAGUGACCAACGCCAUGAGGGCCUUCAUUCUCACCAACAUGCUGCUGCUUGCUUUCGGAUGUUGCUGCCUCAUAGACAACCUGCCUCUACAGAUCCUGACUUUCAUCCUCCACACGAUGGUCCGAGGCUUCAUCCACUCUUGCUGCGGAGGCCUUUAUGCUGCUGUAUACCCGUCCAACCACUUUGGCACUCUGACAGGCCUCCAGUCCAUGAUCAGCGCUGUGAUCGCUCUGCUGCAGCAGCCGCUCUUCAUCGCCAUGGUUGGACCACUGAAAGGAGACCCCUACUGGAUCAACCUUGGCCUGCUCCUCUUCUCAUUGGCUGGCUUCCUGUUACCGGGUUACCUGUUCUACCACCGCAGACAGCUGCUGAGGGAAAAGGACGCCAGAGACAAGCGGGCGGCCGGACAGGAGCUGCAGGCGCUCAACGACAACGGGAUCAACGGCCACAAACCUCACAGCAACGGCCUUGCAGCUGUGGAGGCUUAGAGCGACACGACAGAGCGGAGGGGGCAUUGUAGGAUUUAUUUUUGUAUGUGCCUUCAAAAUGAGCACCAGAAAUCUACACAUCCAUAUAUAUAUAUUGUUUGGAUAUUUCAAGUGUUUUUCGAGAGAAAAUAGGAUUCCUCAUGUUUUGUUAUGAGUCAGAGUUAGACUUCAAGUUCCUUGUGAUUUUGGGACAAGAUGUGUCAUCAUCAUUUGUUUAUUUAUUUUGGUCAUAUAAGUGUCAAAGAGCCAAAUUAGUGUGAUUUAAAGCCAUAGAUUUCACUCUCAAGCACACGCAAAGAAACAUGCACCCACCCUGUGUAUGGUGUGUCAGACUGCGGAUAUCACAGUACUUGAAAUUCUGUUAUAUAGUUUUCAAAAACUUCUAUUAAUCAUCACAAUCCUUGCUAACACCAAAGAACAGCUUAAAAAUAUUAGGAAAGUUGCACUCUCUACUUCAGUAUUGUUUUAAAAGUGCGUAACGAAGCAAACUUUUAGUUUAUUGUGCUGUUUCUACUGUAAUCCCUCCGGCAAAAGCUAUAAAUAUGUUUCUUUAAAACAAAGCAUAAAAGAAAUCAAGGAACAUUUAAAGGAUCUGAACAUCUGAAUACCAGACUUCUGGUACGUAUAAAUAAGUGUCUGAGGUAUUUUCAGAGAUAUUCACACACACACACACACACACACACACACACACACACACACACACACACACACACACACACGUAAACGCACAGAUAGGCUGGUUGUAGAGACACCAUAUCUACCUCCUCUGUUUCCUUUUUCUUUAAUCGUCUCUCUGCAACCGACUCCUCUGUCCAUCAAUGUUUUGUUUUUUUUCUAAUUAGGAACUAUUAAUUCUUUUAAAUACCCAAAAUGAUUCAUUUAAUCAUUACAUAAUUUUUCAUUGUACAUUUAUGUUCAUGAGAUAUUGCUAAAUCAGCCCUUGCAUUUCUGGAAUUUUUUAUAUGUAGGCAAUAAUAUUUUUUUAUAAACAGGAAAAAUAUGUUUUUUGGAAAAUUCACAAGGAAAAAUAUGACUGACUUCUGACAUACGUGUGUCAAUGUUAUGAAUCACUUUUUACUGCUUUAUGCACAGAAAUUAACUAGUGUGUGUAUAAAAUAUGUAUUUAAGUGUAUUUUUAUACUCUAGCUGCAGUAGCAUUAAAAAGGGAAGCGUUUGUUUCAGUAUACGUUUUUUUGUAGUGUGCGGAUUAUAAAUUAAGCUCAGAUGAUUGACUGUGUAUUCUGCUUUUGCUGUUUUUUUUUGCUUAUUUUUGUAAACAAACCUCCAUCAUAAUUGCUUUUUUAAAAUAUAACGGAGGUGUGUCUUGUAUUUUAUUGCGUAUUCUGCUUGCUUUACUAUAUAUGAGUGUGUACAGCACGUUAACUGAUGGCUGAGUAGAAUGGUUGUGGUUAAACAAGUUUUUUAAAUAUGAUUUAUUUUUGCUUAGAUGCUCAAAGUCACAUUAAAAGGACAUCGUUUCAGCCAGCUGCAGAUAAAUAUAUAUUAUUCCAAAGUGACAAAAUGUCUCUGUACAUAUUUGUUCUGCACACAGCAACAGUAUAGUGUAGAUUUGUUGAAUCAGCUGUAUUAUUUAGCAUUUUUUUACUCAAUUAAUUUCAGUGUGAAAUUAGUAGAUUCUCUCUCGUCUGUUGCAUUUCUUUCCUGCGUUUUCCUUCGUACAUAAAAUGUUUUAAGCGGCUUGAAUGCUCUCUCGCCAUGAAGGAGAUUGUGUUUUGUUUCAACUCUGUGCCUAUUCUACCAUCUUGCCUUUAAUGCAACAGAUAUGAAUGUAAGAUUAAGAUUCUGCUAAACAAUACUCUGUAAACCAAAGCCAUGUGUGGCGACUGUUAGCAAAACUCUUAACAGCAAUGCCUUACAACACAAUGCAUUAGUUCUGCGGUAAAUGCCAGUUUGAUUUUAGUUUUGUCACAGGUGUUGAUUCAGCUUGAUGGUCAUUUUGGAGGUUGUACUUUGUGUUAUGUAUAAAUAAUGUUGUGUGCGUUACAAUCAGUGUUGGUGAGAUUUUUCAGUUUGGCUUGUGUCAUCACUUUCCUCUUGUGCAGUACUUUGUGAAGUUUAAAAACAAAUGCACCAUCAAGUUGCCUCAACAGUCACUAAGAAAUGAGUCAGACAACCGUAGUUGCUGCCUGAAUUGUUGUGUUAAAGUUUAAUCAACACCUCUGAUAAUCUCUGCAAAAAAAACAUCCUUUGCUUUGUAUGUAUUUUAAGACCACCAUGGCUUAUCUUAUCUUCUCUCUUUACCCUUGGGGUUGAAGUGUUGGUAUGCCUGCUAAAUGUACACCUUUCUUUCCUUAAAUCACUAUAUCCAGCUUCUGCAUUUGAUAAACAAAUAAAUGAAUGAAUGUAAACAUA